GUGCUAUCUUCCACAUGGCCUCCACGACGCUGGAGUUGUGCGCCUGAUCGCCAAACCUCAAUGAACGAAAAAGACGCAGUUGAUGCGCCGCUCGCACUUUAUCAGGGAUAGACAUGGGCAAAAGCAAGACGAACAGAUUCAAACGCCCCCAGUUCAACUCGGUCGGGCUGCCGGUAAACGCUGUGAAGGAGGUCCAGGUUGAUGAAGACGACCACGAUGAAGCUGCUGGCUGCCCAGCUGGGGACUUACUGGAGAAAUUACAGAGUCCCAGUGCUGACGUGCGGGAGUUUGCGUGUGCCAGCAUUUCUCGGGUGGUACAGCAGAGCCAGACCAUCCCUGGGUUCCUGCAGAGGGACGCUGUGAGGCGGCUGGGGCCCAUGCUGCUGGACCGCAGCCUGGCUGUCAGGGAGACCGCUGCUGGGGCACUCAGGAAUCUGAGUGCAUGUGGAGGUUAUGAGGUAUGUGAAGACAUGGUGAAGCAUGACGUCAUGACUCCCCUGACAGCGCUGCUCAGAGAGUGCUGUGCCGGUUUUGAAAGCAGCGCCCUGUCGAUGAAAGAGCAGAAGAAUCAAGUGGAAGAUAUUGCUAACGAGGCUGUGAACGUACUGUGGAAUCUGUGUGAGAGCAGCAGCCAAGCGCUGUCUGUGUUCAACAAAGCCGGCCUCCUGGAUGUGGUUUUACAGUGUGUGGAGAGACACCCACACAACGUGGAGCUGGCCAUAUCUGCUGCUCACUGUUUGCACACUGUGACUGAGGAUAACCCAGAGCUGCUAUGUAGCUUGAACACUGCUGUGCUGGGAGCACUGGAGAAUGUGCUGCAGUCAUCUCAGCCAGACACGGCACACACUCUCCUCAGGACACUGGCCGCAGGCACAGUAUGGAAUAUGAAGAGUAGCCUGCCUGCCGCCCGCCAGGCUCAGACGCUCAAUGCUGUGGCGGCCAUCUUGUCUAAAAGCCUGGAUCUGGACGCAGGUACGUUGAUCCCUGAGCUAAGACAGGCCGCAGAGGCUCGCCGUGACAGCGCUCCAGCCUCAACAGACGUGGAGGACCAGGCUGCAGAAGACCUCGCCGCGGUGGAGAUGGAUGAAGAGGCGGAGGAGGCAGAGGAGCCAGUGAGACACAAGAGGAACGGAAAGGCUUUGAAGAUGGAUAAUGACUUCACCGACCUCUUGCCUAGGGGCAAGGAGGAGCUGAGGGAGGCGACGGCCUUGCUGACAGCCCAGCAAACGUCCCUGGAGAUCAUCGUCAACAUGUGCUGCUCUGACGACCCCUCUGAUGAUGAGUGGGAGGAGACAUCAAGCAGUGAUGAAAGCGAGAUGGGUCCUGAUACCCUCUGCGAUGGACUCUCCAGCCUGAUGUCCCCCCUAUGUUUGUCGGCUGAAGUUCACGGAGCCCUGAUAAACCACAGCAUCCCAGAAAAGGUCCUCAAAAAGACUGAGUUCCCCAGCAGGGAGGCCAUGGAUGUGUGCCAUCAGAAUCCCUCCUGGAAAUGCCUGAUAAAAAAGAUGCAGAGGGUUCAGUACCGGGCGCUGACGUGUCUCCAUAACAUCCUCUCCUCCAUGGACGCGGAGUCCCUUGGUGGAGCCGCAGCCCUGCAGGGCGUUGCACAGCACCUGUCCACUCUGGUCUUUGGAGCUGCAGAGAUACCAAAGGAGGAAGAGUUCCUGGAAGCUGUCACCAGUGCCAUGCGGUCACUCUUACAGAUGAUUGCAACAAAAAACAUCCCCCAGUGUAUGAGCCCCCAGCAGCUGAUGAGCUUGAGUGAAGCAGCCACCCAGUGCAAUGUCGUCAGCGUGAGGGUCAAUGCCUUGGCCAUUCUGGGCAUCACAGGCAGCAUGUUGGCCAAAGAGAAGGGCACCGCUGAAACCCUACAGAUGAUUGGACAUGCCUUACUCCAAGUUGCCUCAAAAGAUGCCAACCUUGUUGUAAAUGGGGAAGCCCUAGAUGCCCUGUUUGACGUUUUUGCGGAUGGGGAGGAGGCGGAGACAGCAGCUAAAAACAUCCAACUACUGCCUGCGCUGAAGGCUCUUCAACCUGUUUUCAAAGCCAAGAUCCGUAAAGAAGGAAGAGGGAAGUACAGCCCCGAGCAGCUGUGUGUGCUGGACAACAUCAAAGUCAACUUGAGGAGAUUCAUCGGUUACCUAGAGAAGGUGGUGAAAAAAUGAGAGAACUUUACAGCACCUCCCAGUCCCACCAUCUGAACCUGACUGGCUCACAGUGUGUGGACAGACAUGCCGGCAGAGCCAUGGUGGAACACCACAGUAUGGUUGUGAAACCAUCCAGUAUUUAUUACAUUGGUAGUAAAAGGUUUGUAUUUGCUUGGUUUCAUUUUUUUCUAUUGUCAAAAUAAUGAUUAACUAUUACACUUUCAUAGUUUCAGAAUUUGUGCAGAGCAAAAUGAGAUGGACCCUAACAAGAGUAUGUUGCACAGUAGGAAGAUUUUUGUGCUACAUAUACAUUUAUUCAUUUUGAUGUUCUUCAUUUUAAUGAAGCUGGUUGUGACGUUUAAAUAUGUACACUCGGGGUACUUUCAUGUCUUCAGUAACAAAUAUGUUUAAGGAUCUAAUAUGUAGCGAUGACAGCCUUCUUGGUUUUGAUAUCAGUGCUUUCUUCAGGCUUGCCCCACAUUGCAAAGAGUUCAAACAUUAAUGUCUGCUUUUGCUGACCCUGACGAGGAGGAAGAGGUAGAGCUAUACAAAGUGCCCAUUGCAGUGCCCUCAAGGAUGGAUUACAGUGAUAGCUAUAUGAAAAAAAGAUUUAUCUUGAUUUUGUUACACGGUUGCCUAAGGAAAAACAAGAUUACAGUAGAUGACAUGACCUUCCAGUAAUUGACAAAACUGAAAGGAUUUGUCAUAUUCACUGGCAAGUUUAUGAUAAGGUAAAUUUGUUAAGAGAAAAGGAUUUUCUGUUUACUGAAGCUGUUUUAUGUUUAAUUAUAUUUUUGCUGCAAGAAAUGAGUGCAUAUUCUCUACUUAUGCUCCCUUCACCUCCCGUCUCUUCAGCAGGAUCAAUUAAACACUCUGUGAAGCAUUACUCUACUUUCAUGUAAUGAGUGUUAAUAGUUCUGUUGUAAGUGUAAAUGUGAUGACUUUCUGUCUGCAAGUCACCAAAUUAUUUUGUUCCAUUUGAAUGUCCCUGUUGGUUGCCACACCAGUCAACAACACUAUGACAACUCUUGGCAGGAACUCUGUCCAAGAAUGUUGACUGUAGCGAAACAGAAAUGAAAAUGGGCGAAAUCGCUAAAAUCUCACUAAUACCAAAGAAUCUAAAAUUGGUGCAAAAUAAGUCUAAGCCAGCAGGACUGAAUGAUGUCAAUCCUGGAUACUGCCAUCAUUUUUUUUUUUUUUUUUUUUUUUUUUACAUCUAUUCCAUUGUUGAUCAUACUUUUCAUCCCUCACAGAAUUAUUGGCCGUUAUAUAUUCAGGGAGUUGUUAAGAUGGAAUGGUGAAUUUGCACGCAAGUGCCAUUUACCUAAAUGUUAACACUCAGAGUGAGUAUUUCCUCUGUUGUAGAACUCCUUGGCUUGGAUUUCACAUGAUUUUCAGGGAAAUGUCAAUACAGUUGCUCCUCAUUACAAUAAAACCAUAUUUUAGAGUUGAAUUAUAGGGAGAAUAUGUCAUCAAGCUUUGUAUCAAAGGCUUUUCGUGAAUAAAUCCUGAUUCCUUA